AAAAUAGGGCACCAGUAAGCAUAACUUUUGCGCGCGCCAGACUUGAUUUUAGCAUGGACUGUACUGAUCAGCUGAUGGAGGAAUAAGAACACAAUUUGCAUGUUUUUGUUUGCCUCGUACAUUAUACAUGUUUUGUCGUACAAACUGCGAUUGAUAGGCCUAGCUACGAAUUAAAUCAGGAUCAUGUUCAUUGGCAAAAGGUAAAUUAAGAUUGCAAAGAUGGAGAAUCUGAAAUUCUAUGUGCUGUUGUCAACAGUUGACAAACCGCAAGAAAUCCCACUUGCAAGCGACACUGAGGCUGGUGAGCCCAUAAACAGCAGAGGACAGCAAGAUUUUGAAGGCAUUCUGCCUCUCCCCCUGCCCAACUUUCUUAUGAUCUUUGCUCUUGGAGAAUGGCCAGACGAUCGCUUUCAGCAAAUGUCUGCUGAAGUUCACCUGGGCAAAGACCUAGAUCCAUUUCAGAUUGGGACACUAUCUAAAGACAACAGAUCUGUGUGUUGGCAAGGUACUUGGAGGGACGAUCUUUAUGUCCGAGGGACCCUAAUGUCUGAUGAAGGACAGCCUGGCCUUCUAGUUAUUACUCCAUCGAGCUCUGAUCAAAAUGCCGCCGCUCAGAGUCACAGUAAAAACAAUAGUCAAGAGCUGAAGACUUCUCCAAUAAAAAGCACAGCUAUGCGCACCGGCGAUUCAUCCAAUGACAUGGAGAUUCUGGAGAGCUCACAGACAGAGUCCCAGUUGGCGAACUCUGUCAUGGAGCCUGGGUUUGACCAGGAGAACGUUGCACCUGAAGACGAGAACACGAGACCAAGUGGUUACGGUGCGGUGACGAACAAAGAGACACCGUCUAAAAUCGCUGCCGUGAGACUAAAGACUGAGGUGACUCCUGAGGUGGCAUUGGAGCGUUCUGAACCCCCUUCGUUGACAACCUCCAGCAGGAAGAGGCGCAAGUCGGCCGCAGAGGAAUCCUCAACACCAGGGAGGCAGAUCCGGGUGAAACGAUUACAGAUGCAGCAGAACUCGCGGAGUGUCGGGAAGGGAAGCACCGCCGGGCGCGGGACAAAUAGCACAGCUGAUGGUGCAGAGCCCAGUGCCAGAUGGGGGCAUACCAUGUGUGCCAUCAGCAAGAAGCAAGCUGUCCUCAUCGGUGGUCAGGGAGAACAUCAGCAUCUCAGUAAAGAUAGCGUCUGGCUGCUUGAUAUUGACACAAAGAGUUGGUGCGUACCAGGAAUCAGCCACGCAGAGUCCACCAAGCCACAGUACAGGAUGGGCCACACGGCAGUCUAUGAUCCAAACGUCAAAUGUGUGUAUGUGUACGGAGGCUCCAAGAACAUACGCUGGUACAACGACGUCCACGUGUUGGACAUAGAGUCCUGGAGAUGGUCUCUAGUUAAGGCCAAUGGCAGGGCACCAACCAGAGCCUACCACACAAGCACCCUGUUUAAUAAGGAGAUGUAUGUCUUUGGGGGAGUUUACCCCAACCCUGACCCUGAACCUGACGGUUGCAGCGCCCAACUACAUGUCUUCACCCCAGAAACUGAGAGUUGGUAUGAGCCUCUUGUAAUGGGAACGAAGCCUCAAGCACGAUCAGGGCAUUCAGCCACACUUCUUGAGAACAAACUGAUCAUUUUCGGGGGCUGGGAUGCUCCAAAAUGCUUCAAUGAUGUCUAUUGCCUUGACCUCGGUGGCCUGAUGGAAUACACCAGCAUUGAUGUAAGAGGAACUCCACCUUCGCCACGGAGUUGGCAUGCCUCGGCAGCGUUGCCUGGCAACAGGAUCCUUAUCCAGGGAGGCUUUGACGGAGAGAAUGCCAUGACAGAUGCCUUUGUCUUUAGACUUGACUCCGAGUGUUGGACACAGUUAGUCUGGCCAAUCCCAACCACCCCUACGGCUGGCCACACUAUCCUGACCAUCAACCCACGACACAGCCUGUUCGGCGACGACAAUGAGGACAAAGAAAACGACGACGCUAACGGCCAACAGAAGCUAUUCAUAUUCGGCGGGGGAAAUAAUGAGGGAGCGUUCUCCAGCAAGCUGAUUGACAUGAAGCUCCAAAUGCCUUCAGACUCAUGAACAUGGAUGCUGAUUGUAGGGAGGUGUAUGCCCUAUCUGUCCAGUCGCUACACGCUGGGCCAGGGAUGUAGUCGAGUCAGUGUUGUAGACAAUUUCCAGGACGCUGCAAAAAAUGAAAGUAUUGCUCAGAAAACUUAUCUGUUUAGCAAAAAGCAGUGGGGACCAGUCAAUUGUAGUAUGUGUCACAUUACGUUUUGACUGGUAUCCCUUAAUGAAACUGGUAACUGCUCAAUGAAAUUCGACCCAACAUCCUUUUAAGCAGUGUUCCCUACUCUAUGAAUGCAAACUUAUGUAAGCGAAACAGAACUUUUGUUUUGUCCAUGUCUUAACUUUUGUACGACUAGUCUGUCUAAUCAUGGCCAAAGGUAAUGGCCAAUUGAGUAAUCAAAACUGCCACUCUGCGAUGAUUGGACACAUUUUGAUGGACCUGCACUUUUUCAUGCCUAAUUCAUUUCGUUAUACAACAAACAGUUGAGGGUGUGAACACAUGUUCUUAUACAUACAUAAAAAAGGGAAAAAAAAGGCUAUUGUUUUCCCUUGAAACUCAGAGUGUACAAAUACAUUAAUUUUAUUUAGCACGGAAAAAGAAAUCAGUAAAGUUUCUCAUCUAAAGUUUUCCAACCAAAGUCUUCCAACCAUUAUGAUUUCGAAAAAUAGCACUGUAACAAGAUAUGCAUGGAUUGAAUUGUUUCAUGCAAAAUUGUGAGGCGUGCUGGCAAAAGGGACGGAACAUGGGCCCAUGCUGCAGAGCAGAAAAAAGUCAAAAACCGAAUGGGGGUGAUUUUUUUUUCAAUUUUCAGAUUCAGUGAUAGUUGUAUUCUUUGAUAUAUGUCUACUACACAUAUUUUAAAGAAAGGGUAUAAAAAUCGUGGAAUAAAAGUGUUUAUAAGGUAAAACAAUAGGCAUCUUUCAUUUUCAAUUACAAAAUUUGGUAGUUU